AGUUUAAUAAUGUAGAUAUUAGUGGAAUGAAUUUUAAUGGAGCUCUACUCAUUAACUGUAAAUGGAAGAAUAUUAAAAUACAUGAAUUGAAAAAAUUAGAAGGUCAUAUUAGCUCAGUCCAAUCAGGCUGCUUCUCUCCUGAUGGUACUACAUUAGCAGCUGGUAGUAUAGAUAAGUCUACCAAAUUAUGGGAUAUUAUAACAGCAUAAUAAAAAGCAAAAAUGGAUGGUCAUAUUGGUUGUGUGAACUCAGUCGGCUUCUCUCCUGAUGGUACUACCUUAGCAUCUGGUAGUGAAGAUAACUCUAUCCUUUUAUGGGAUGUUAAAACAGGAUAAUAAAAAGCACAAUUUUAUGGUCAUGAAUAUUCAGUCAUAUCAGUCUGCUUCUCUUUUGAUGGAUCUACUUUAGCAUCUAGUAGUUUGGAUAAGUCUAUCCGAUUAUGGGAUGUUAAAACAGGAAAAUAAAAAGCCAAAUUAGAUGGUCAUGAAUAUUCAGUUAUUUCAGUCUGCUUCUCUCCUGAUAAUACUACCUUAGCAUCAGGUAGUAGAGAUAAUUCUAUCAGAUUAUGGGAUGUUAAAACUUUUUAAGAGAUUCAAUGUUUAGGUAAUAGAAAAAAAUAUAUUUUAGCACAAUUUAAAACACUACUUGUCUUAAACAAUACUCUUCAACAAAGUUGUAUUUAUUUAUAUUAAAUCUAGCUUAAUUUUUCAGUUAUUAAUGUUAUCAUUUAGGACCUUUAUUAAAAUCACUUUCUAGUAUUAUUUUGGAUAAUUGA